AGACUACAUUUAAACGUGCAACAAUGCAGACAUUAAUAAUAUUGUGUCUAGUGGCCUGCAGUGUCCUCAUAUCAGGGCAACAACACCUGCCCGUAGUGCCCAGCUCCUCCAUACAAUACACGAGUGACCCAGGACUGUGCAAUGUGAACCGAGACUACAUCCGCGAUUACCGGUCAGCUACUUACGACUUCUGCCUCUUCUCAUUAAGACCCGUCGCAGUGAGAAGCAAUUUCAACUUUGUAUACUCUCCCAUUUCAAUAUGGACAAUAGUCGCUGCAAUAGCAGAAGGUGCUGACCCUUUGACUCAACAGAAACUGUUCCAACUCCUGCAUCUACCACCCCACGACCCGUGCUUACGAUACGCGUUCUACCAGCUAGCGACCUCCCGCGCCAUUCCAUCUAAUGAAGUGAAUAUUAGAAACAAUCGCAUCUUAUUAAUCAACGAAGGCACAACUCUCAAUCCAACAUGGCAUGAUAUUGUUGUGAAGAAUUCUCUCCUCGAUGUGGUCACUGCUCCAAUCAAGUACAAUAGCGUGGCCACAGCUAACGAGAUCAAAAGGAUAAUGUCUGCGCGUCUUCCAACACUUGAUCUAAGUGGAAACUCAGUCCUUCUGGACACAAUAGACUACAAUGGACUCUGGACUACAGCAUUCGCAGACGCUGUUAUUGAACGAGCACCGUUCUACAGUCCUCAAGGGGAAGUAUUGGGGAGUGUGGAUAUGAUGAGAGUAAGGAGACGUGCACGUAUGGGAUACAUCAAGGCAGUAAACGCGAAAGUUUUGGAACUAUCAGUCGGUUCAGAUGAACGAUACAGAAUGAUUUUCGGUGUUGUUAUUGGAAAUGCAGAUAUCAAACCAGUGGUGGCUGCGGUGACUAGUGAGACGGUAUUUCAGGUGAUUGACAGUCUGCGGGAGAGUGCAGUGCCUAUAGAUGUGGCUAUACCGCGCAUGGUGAUCUCGAGUGAGAUCGACGUGAGGGUGAUAUUGAAAGACCUGGGCAUCACUGAGAUAUUUACUGACCCGGCUGCCACUAGGUACAUAUCGGAUCCCCCGGCCUUUCCGAGCAGUUUCCUGCAGCGUACCACCUUUGUGCUCAACAGUACAGGAUUGUAUACUCCUCCACAAGAGCCGGACAUUUAUAACGCCCCAACAGGUCUCGACUUGGCCCUUGGAAGAGAUUUCAUUGCCGACCGUCCCUUCCUAUUCGGUCUAUUUGAUGUUGAAACAUACACUUGCAUCAUGGCGGCCGCAUACACUUCUCCCACUUAUAUAUAAGUGGUUAGAAUAAAUGACAA